CUUGCAACUCUCGUCUCUACGAAGUAUAAUAUUCAACCUCCACUUGCUUCUGUUGGAGGAAUCCAAGCCGUGCUGGGUAACUGUCUCCGGGACUCUCCAUCUCGAACAUCAAGGCCUAACGAUGCCAGCCCAAAUAAUUAGUGGCAAAGAAGUUUCAGCCCAGGUGAGAGAGAGGCUGAAGAAGGAUGUGGAACAGAUGAAGAUGCAGGACCCCAACUUCAGACCAGGCCUGGUCGUGCUACAGGUUGGAGACAGAGAUGAUUCAAAUCUCUACAUCAGCAUGAAGCUGAAAGCUGCAGCUGAGAUCGGGAUAAAUGCUACCCAUCUGAGACUCCCGAAGACUGCCACCGAAGACGAGGUCCUGCACAGCAUCACUGAGGUCAACGAGAACUCCUCGGUCCACGGCCUCAUUGUCCAGCUGCCUCUGGACUCCGUCCACAAGAUAGACACAGAGAAGGUGACCAACGCUGUGGCCCCGCAGAAGGACGUGGACGGUCUGACCAGCGUGAACGCAGGGAAGCUGUCCCGUGGAGACAUGGGAGACUGCUUCCUCCCCUGCACCCCCAGCGGCUGCAUGGAGCUGAUCAGACAGACGGGUGUGUCAGUGGCAGGGAAGAAGGCCGUAGUGAUUGGUCGCAGCAAGAUUGUGGGCGCGCCCAUGCAUGACCUUCUGCUGUGGAACCAUGCAACUGUGACCACCUGUCACUCAAAGACAGCUGACCUUGCUGCCGAGGUGGGCAAAGCAGACAUCUUGGUUGUUGGGAUCGGGAAAGCAGAGAUGGUGAAGGGGGAGUGGUUGAAGAAGGGAGCCUUGGUCAUAGACUGUGGAAUCAACCACAUCCCAGAUGAGACCAAGGCCAGUGGGAAGCGGGUGGUGGGAGACGUCCACUACCCCUCAGCCAAGGAGCAGGCUGGGUUCAUCACCCCUGUCCCUGGAGGAGUGGGGCCCAUGACUGUGGCCAUGCUCAUGGCGAACACGGUUCUCGGGGCCAAGCGGUUCCUGGAAAGCCAUCAGCCAGGGAAGUGGAACAUGUCCUACACCAAACUGAACCUCCAGAAACCCGUGCCGAGUGACAUUGUGAUCUCCCGCUCCUGCGUGCCCAAGUCCAUCGAGCGGCUGGCCCUGGGGGUGGGGCUGCUGCCGGACGAGGUGGAGCUGUAUGGGACCACCAAGGCCAAGGUGCAGCUGAGCACCACCAAGCGUCUGAAGGCACAGCCUGAUGGGAAAUACGUGGUGGUUACUGGCAUCACCCCCACACCCCUGGGAGAGGGCAAGAGCACCACCACGGUGGGCCUGGCCCAGGCCCUCGGAGCCCACAUGAAGCUCAACGUCUUCGCCUGCGUCCGCCAGCCGUCCCAAGGCCCCACCUUCGGGAUCAAAGGCGGGGCAGCUGGCGGUGGGUACUCCCAAGUCAUCCCCAUGGAGGAGUUUAACCUCCAUCUCACGGGUGACAUCCACGCCAUCACGGCUGCCAACAACCUCGUGGCGGCCGCCAUAGACGCACGCAUGUUCCACGAGAACACUCAGUCCGACAAGGCUCUGUUCAACCGCCUGGUUCCUCUCUCCGGGGGCCAGAGAACGUUCUCCCCCAUCCAGAUCAACAGACUCAAGAAACUGGGCAUUGAGAAGACCGACCCCCUGACCCUGACAGAUGAGGAAGUCACCCUGUUCUCCCGUCUGGAUAUGGACCCUGCCACCAUCACCUGGCAGAGAGUUUUGGACACCAAUGACCGUUUCCUGAGGAAGAUCACGAUUGGCCAAGGCCCGACUGAGAAGGGCUUUACCCGUGAGGCCCAGUUUGACAUCACGGUGGCCAGUGAGAUCAUGGCAGUGCUGGCUCUCACCAGCAGCCUGGAGGACAUGAGGAGCCGCCUGGCCAGGAUGGUGGUAGCCACCAGCCGCAGGGGACAGCCCGUCACCACCGAGGACCUGGGUGUGAGUGGGGCCUUGACUGUGCUGAUGAGGGAUGCCAUCAAGCCCAACCUGAUGCAGACUCUGGAGGGAACACCUGUGUUCGUCCACGCUGGACCAUUCGCCAACAUCGCCCACGGCAACUCCUCCAUCCUGGCCGACAAGAUCGCCCUGAAGCUGGUGGGCCCGGACGGCUUCGUAGUGACGGAGGCAGGCUUUGGGGCUGACAUCGGCAUGGAGAAGUUCUUCAACAUCAAGUGCCGCUACUCCGGGCUGAGGCCCCAUGUGGUGGUGCUGGUGGCCACGGUCCGAGCACUGAAGAUGCACGGAGGAGGACCACUGGUCACAGCUGGGAUGGCACUACCUCAGGAGUACGUGGAGGAGAACCUGGAGCUGGUGGAGAGGGGCUGCAGCAACAUGAGGAAGCAGGUGGAGAACGCCCGGGCCUUUGGUGUUCCUGUGGUUGUGGCCGUCAACGCCUUCAAGACGGACACGGAGUCUGAACUGGACCUGAUCUGCCGCCUGGCGAAGGAUGCUGGUGCCUUUGACGCGGUGCGCUGCUCCCACUGGGCCGAAGGGGGUGCUGGGGCGGUGGAGCUGGGUCGGGCCGUCCAGAAGGCCUCCCAGUCCCCUAGCAGCUUCAAGUUCCUCUACGACGUUGAGCUUCCCAUUGCAGACAAGAUUCGAAUCAUCGCUCAGAAGAUCUACGGUGCUGAUGAUAUUGAGCUGCUGCCCGAUGCCCAGCACAAGGUGGAGCUGUACACCAAGCAGGGCUUUGGGAACCUUCCAAUCUGUAUGGCAAAGACACACCUCUCCCUCUCUCACGAGGCAGACAAGAAGGGCGUGCCGACAGGUUUUGUCCUGCCCAUUAGAGACAUCCGUGCCAGCGUGGGGGCGGGGUUCCUCUACCCUCUGGUUGGCACGAUGCCCACGAUUCCAGGGCUGCCAACAAGGCCCUGUUUCUACGACAUCGACCUGGACCCUGAAACUGAGCAGAUCACUGGACUCUUCUAAGACAGGCUUGGCUUGGAUCAUUGGCGCUGAGUGGAUCAGCUACCCCCCAUGGAGCCCUAAUGAAAUGUGAAGAAGUAAUAACUGGAAACUCCGGUCAAUAACCUGUAUUUUUCACUCAGCCUCCAACAUCUAUCAAUAAUUAAUUUGCUCUCUGCCAGCGUAGUCAGCUGUGGAUAAAUGGAGAAAGUUCAUUAAUUAGAGAACAGGUUUUCCCUUAGAAAUGUUCUCAGAAUGCGACAUUUAGCAGGAACAAAUUCCCUUUCUACAUUCCUGUCAUAAACGCCUACUGUAGCAACAUAUUCCAUUUUGGAGAUAACCAUCUCGUUUUUUUUUGUUUUUUUCAUAGUAUUUUGAUGUGUGGGAUAUCAGAAAGGGGUUCAGGUUCAAAUGUUUGCAACACCAUAGAUACUUAGUGUCUUGUAUCAUCACUGUUUUGGUCGCAUUGGUUAAAGAUGUAAUACAAUUUGGGGUUUUCAGUUUCAAAAAAUGUAAAUUGAACAGUGUUUACAAUUAAUUGUUUGUAAUAGUUUUAAAUGUGGUCAUGAAAGUCCCUGCUUCAGAGAAAAUAAAGCAAAUAUUGUAGAUUAAGAAUGCGUGUGUCAGGUCACUCAG